UAAGUAAAUUGGACACGAGAAUUUAGCUAGUUGAGCUGUUGUCAGUUUCAGACAAGAUUUGGCAAUAUUUUGUCAACUGUGUAGCCUGAUAGUUUACAUAAAGUAAAGUUAUAAUAGCCAACGGUGGAUGAUCAGGUUGGGCAUUUAAUAGUUUUAUUGUGAACUGAAUGCAGGGCUAAUAUUUUAAUGUAUUUAUUUUAGUUCGAGAGAAAAGUUGGAGGAAAUCAUGGUCAUCACAAAAGAAGGCUGGCUGCUAGCAAGAAGCUAACCAUGUUAGAUACUUAUCAUAAAUAUUGAAAUAGUGGCUAAUUUAAACUGAAGAAGAGGUAGCUAAAACUACUGAUUGAUCUUUGAUACGGUUGCCUGUUGAAGUCGAAGUGUUUUCGGCCCCUUCAUUUUGCACGCGGGGGGCGGGGGAUGUCGUUCAGAAGUGAAGCGGCUCGUGGGGGCACCCCUUGUUUACAACCACUUCGAGCCACUGUCCCAUUCCAGCUUCACAACAAAGCACAACCGCGCUGCAAAGAUUCCAAGACUGGCGACAGGAGCAAGUCUCGCCCCCCAAAGCCGACCAUUCGUCGCACCCUGUCUCUGGAUACAAUUGUUGGACCAUAUCUGCAGGGCCGGUGGCCCAAGGAGGCAGAGAGCCAAGGAGUCACCUGUGUCAAUGACAAGGCCACACAGACUCCCAGCUCCUGGGCAGAGGAGACUCGGGGAAGAAGAAGUGUUGGUGGACACAAACGCUCAGCAUCAUGGGGCAGCGCUGAACACUUGAGGGAUGUGGUUAAGCUCAAGCACCAGCUGCAGAAGCGCUCCCGACAUGCCCCUCCCUCUGGGGGAUAUGAGCGUCCCCACACCCCUACCUGGAGGCCAUGUGCCAGGCGCUACACAGACAGGGCCCCUGAGCAGGUUGGCCCCUCGGCUGCGACGCAGUGUGGAAGGUCUGAACCUGGAGCUGGAGGGGGUCUUUGUGUCAGAGACACCUGAGGACCAGCACAAGAUCCUGGAUGUCCCAGAUGGCCACAGAGCCCCAGUUCCUGCCCAGAGGUGCAGCAGUGGUACCCAGAGUGAACCCUCCCCUGCCUCGUUCGACCCUGCUUUGCUCUCUCCAUCUGAGUCUCCCUGUUCCCUGAACCUAGCUCU